CAUAAAAGAGCACAUAGAAACAGUAGAGAGAAUAAAUCUCAAAUUUUACGAAAAUACUAUUUUCCAAGUAUGCAUUCCAAAAUUGAAAAAAUCGCCAAACAGUGUUCUACCUGUCAUGAGCAGAAAUAUGACAGACAUCCACCGAAACCCCAAAUCCAAGAAACAUCUCAUCCUCACAGCUUUAGAUAAAUUUUCAAAGUAUGCACAGGUUAAAAUCAUUUCAUCAAGAGCAAUAGAACAUAUAAAGGACCCAAUAAGAGAAUUAAUGAUUGCUUUCGGAAUACCAAAACUCGUUGUAAUAGACAAUGAGAAAUCACUAAAUUCUGCUUCUAUAUCUACCCUUCUCAAAGACCAAAUGUCUAUAAAUGUCUACACCACACCUCCUUACAGCAGCACCAGUAAUGGACAAGUAGAAAGGUUUCACAGCACUCUUUCCGAAAUAAUGAGAUGUAUCAAAGCUAACUCCACAGGAAAAAUGGACACCAUUAGAUGCAUACUCCUCUUGACUACUAUUACGACCAGUCUCGCUAGCAUAGAGAUUUUGGACUACACAAACUCUUACCUAGUGACGAUAAAUAACGGACUAGCUAAAAUUCAGGACGGAACAUUUAGACUAAUCCAUAUAAUUGACAUCAACAAGUACGAACAACUUUUGACAGACAUACAGGACCAUAUAACGGACAAAAUUCCCAAAGACACUUUCCUUCGCCCAAUCCUUAAACAUGAAAUAAAUCAAACCCUUGAAAUCCUCGAUACACUUAAACCCACUAAAACAUCCCGAAUUAGAAAGUCAAUAAACAUAUUAGGCACCGCAUGGAAAUAUCUGGCAGGAUCACCAGACCAUGACGACCUCGAAAUCAUUAAUAAGAAUCUUUUGAACCUAAACCAAAAUAAUAACAAACAAGUAAUAAUAAAUGAACUAUUUACUAACAGAAUUAACAAUAUAUCAAAUGUAAUGAAUUUAAUUUCAAAUUCAAUAAGAAAAGACGAUAGUAUAAUAAAUGAAAUUGUAAUUGAUUUACAAAGUAAGAUUAGGUUAAUAAAAGAAGAAUUAGUUAAUAUAAAGUAUGCCAUUCAAUGGGCGAAAACAAAUGUUUUAAAUACAUUAUUACUAAAUAAAGAAGAAAUAAAAACUGCAUUAGAAAAAUUAAGAGAAGAACAAAUGCCAUUUAACAACACAGAAGAAGCAUAUCGCAUCCGCAACAACAACAAGAGCAAAUUGUCAUUCAAGAACAUAAAAGAGCACAUAGAAACAGUAGAGAGAAUAAAUCUCAAAUUUUACGAAAAUACUAUUUUCCAAGUAUGCAUUCCAAAAUUGAAAAAAUCGCCAAACAGUGUUCUACCUGUCAUGAGCAGAAAUAUGACAGACAUCCACCGAAACCCCAAAUCCAAGAAACAUCUCAUCCUCACAGCUUUAGAUAAAUUUUCAAAGUAUGCACAGGUUAAAAUCAUUUCAUCAAGAGCAAUAGAACAUAUAAAGGACCCAAUAAGAGAAUUAAUGAUUGCUUUCGGAAUACCAAAACUCGUUGUAAUAGACAAUGAGAAAUCACUAAAUUCUGCUUCUAUAUCUACCCUUCUCAAAGACCAAAUGUCUAUAAAUGUCUACACCACACCUCCUUACAGCAGCACCAGUAAUGGACAAGUAGAAAGGUUUCACAGCACUCUUUCCGAAAUAAUGAGAUGUAUCAAAGCUAACUCCACAGGAAAAAUGGACACCAUUAGAUGCAUACUCCUCUUGACUACUAUUACGACCAGUCUCGCUAGCAUAGAGAUUUUGGACUACACAAACUCUUACCUAGUGACGAUAAAUAACGGACUAGCUAAAAUUCAGGACGGAACAUUUAGACUAAUCCAUAUAAUUGACAUCAACAAGUACGAACAACUUUUGACAGACAUACAGGACCAUAUAACGGACAAAAUUCCCAAAGACACUUUCCUUCGCCCAAUCCUUAAACAUGAAAUAAAUCAAACCCUUGAAAUCCUCGAUACACUUAAACCCACUAAAACAUCCCGAAUUAGAAAGUCAAUAAACAUAUUAGGCACCGCAUGGAAAUAUCUGGCAGGAUCACCAGACCAUGACGACCUCGAAAUCAUUAAUAAGAAUCUUUUGAACCUAAACCAAAAUAAUAACAAACAAGUAAUAAUAAAUGAACUAUUUACUAACAGAAUUAACAAUAUAUCAAAUGUAAUGAAUUUAAUUUCAAAUUCAAUAAGAAAAGACGAUAGUAUAAUAAAUGAAAUUGUAAUUGAUUUACAAAGUAAGAUUAGGUUAAUAAAAGAAGAAUUAGUUAAUAUAAAGUAUGCCAUUCAAUGGUCGAAAACAAAUGUUUUAAAUACAUUAUUACUAAAUAAAGAAGAAAUAAAAACUGCAUUAGAAAAAUUAAGAGAAGAACAAAUGCCAUUUAACAACACAGAAGAAGCAUAUUUAGAAGAAAAAAUGGCUGACGAACAACCAAAUCUUGUUGCUGGAAAUCCACCAUCAGAUAAAGCGGUUGGCAUGCGCAUUGUACAACACAAAACUCCUGCAGCUGAGCGUCCAGCUAAGGAUGCAGAAGAUUGUACCGGAUUGACGCAACCAGUUGCUGUUAAUAUUGGCGUAGUGAGCGGUGCUCCAGUGAAAGGAAAUAUUGAAAAACCUCGAAUCAACAUUCAACAACCCCGCAAAUGA